AUGGUGAGAGGAGUUGCACAUAUACCACCAUUGACCUGCCUCAGUCCGCUGCCCUACGCAAGCGGCGCUGCUGGCCCCCGGGUGGUGGAAGUGCCUUUGUCUACUGCUAUCAAGUCACUGGCAGCGGCACUGGCAGGCCACAUUGCAGGUGGUGCCGUCGUCGGCCGCAAAAACUCCUCGGAAGACGGGAUGGGGGAGGAGGGGAAGCAGGGCGGGGAGGGCGAGGGGGAGGAAGUCGUGGUUGGUGGAGCAUGUUCUGCAGCUGCUGCUGCAGCGAGCGAUGCGAGCCAAGGCCCCCACUGUCCCGCAGGUGUUUUUGCCGCCUUCCUCGUGGAAAGGGCGGAGCUGGCAGUUCACAAUUCCCACACCAGCAGCAGCGUGUGCACGGCGUGUCGCGUUGGGCGAGAUCGAACGGGCUCGCCCGCAGCAACCAACCCCACAAGGGCGGACGAUGUGGCAUAUUCAGGGGCAGCCUCAGGGAUUGGUGGGAGAAGCAGGCUAAAGCUGCGCAAGGUCAGCGGGGAAGACUGUUUUCGCGGAUCACAUGCGAAUGGCGCAGGAGGAGCGGGGUGCGGUGAUGAGGGGGUUGAGGGCGGUGACGCUGGCGGAGUGGAGCAGGGGCGGAGAGGGCGCGGGAUGGAUUUUCAGGCGCUCGAGUGGGGAGCAGAGCAGGGUAGUGAGGGCGGAUUACCACACCAUGCUGGUAGGGCCGCCCGCGCCCCCGGACCACGCUAUUCCCCCUUCCGUUUAGGGGAGAUAGGGGGAGGGAAGAUAGGGGAGACAGGGGAAGAGAAGCCAACCACCAAGGAGGAGUGGGAGGGAGGGGAGGGGAGGGGGGAGAUGGAGAGGGGAGGGGGGAGGAUGGAGGGAACACAUGAGCAGCAUACUUAUGUGCGUUGGCAGUGUGUUUGUCCUCCAUUGUUGUCCUUGCUUCGUUACCUCUUCCCCAACCCCCGCUCCCUUCUUCCCUCUCGUCCUUCCUCCCCGUCAUUCUUCCUCUCUCACUCAGUUAAGUGCGCCAACAACCCCUUCCCCUCAUCUUUACCUCCCCUUUCCCUCCCCUUUCUCUCUUCUUCCCCUCCCCGUCCCCUCCCUUUCCUCUCCCCUUCGCAAAUGCCAUGUUUAAACCGCUAUCUUAGUUUUAAAAGCUUUUCUAUAUUCUACCAUGUUUUUUUGCUCCCCUUCCCCUCCCCUUCCUCUCCCCUUCUGCUCUCCUUUCGCUCCCCUUUCCCUUUCCCUCCGUCCCAUCCCCCUCACCUCCCCCUCCCCCCCUCGUCCCGUCCCACUCGCCUCCCCCUUCCCUUUUCCCUCCCCCCCUUCUCCCGUUCCCCUCCCCUAUCCCUCUCAUCACAUGCACCUGAAUCAGCUCUGACCCGUCCAACAUUGACACCCACCCCGCUUUACCCUAAUAUGCUCAACAACUGCAUCAGUUUGUUCAUUGGGGGCAAUCCACGGAGGGCAACGGGACUCCCUUCUUACCAGCUGGAUCUCUUCGCUGCAGCCUGGAUUGACUCACAUGUGCCUCGAUGCAGGGAGAGUGCGGCAGAUUGUUCUGAAUUUCCCGCUCAAGACGAUCCGGCGUCAGUGCAGCUCUGA